GUUUAGGUUAAUAAUUGAUGCUUUUAAUUAGAGAAAAGGGGCGGGGCGAUUUUUUUGGAGGUGUCGUUUUGCUCGUCCGGUGCGUUUUUUGGUGGCUGUCAGCUUAGAUUUGUUAUUUGAAUGUCUUGAUGAGGGACUCACGGCCCCUUCUGUGCUCCAUGCUGUGGACUGGCUGGGGAGGGAGGCAGUGGUGACGCCUGGCAGUGCGCACGGCAGAGAGAGAGCCUGACUUUGAAGGGGGCAGUCAGAGUCUGCAGGCAGGAAACAGCCAUUCAACAGAGCAGGGAUCCUAAAAGGGCGAUUUUAAAGUUAGACUUGUCUUAAAGCAGAAAAGGGGAGUGUCGCUGGACGAGCACAGCACGCCUGAAUCUCUAUUCAAGGGGCCGCUGGACCCGGCUUUAGCGCAUGUAGAGAGGAGGAGGAGGGGGGAGGAGGAGGAGGAGGGAGGUUGGAGGGGGGGAGUGAGUGAGUACGUUUCACAGGAUCCAGGCCUAGUAGUUUUUCCACUGGGAUUCUCCUCAUCCGCUUUCAAAAAAUUGGAAAUUGGCACAUUUAAACGCCAAAAUGGCGAGGUUGAGGGUCACAUGCGCGGUGGCCUACACCGGAAUGGUAAGAUUCUCGCGCCAAAUCCCGUGUCAUUUGGCGUUUUCUCCGUGAUUUUGUUGUUUGAUGCACAUAGCCUGCAUCUGUCGGAGGGAAGCCUGUGGAAGUGUGUGUGUGUCAGUGUGUCAGUGUGUGCGGGUGAACUUGUGUUGUGUCGUCGUCUCGUGUUAUCAUUUAGCGUUUGUGUUUCUCUUUCGUGCAUUCAUUAACGCGCCGCACGGCCACGAGGAAAAGGAGCGACACACAGACAUACACAGACAUACACAUGCAGUUGCACACACCUAUAGGUCCGCACACACGCCCAUACACACACGCACACUCACGCGCGCGCACAAACGGGUCCAUUUUAAUUCCAGCUCGUGGUUACAGCGCCGGCGUGUUUGCGUCGGGGUUGAUUUCUACCAUGACGCGCUUUGAUAACCUCAGUGGCUUUAUUAUGGGAGCUUCCAGCAUGUAUAUGUGUGCGCUGACCUUAUCGUACUUGAUGUCAUUUUCAUCAUAUCGCGAUAAUUCUUCCUGAAAAGGCUCGACAGGAAAGGCUGCGGUGUUAGCGCAGACUAGUCUCUCUUCAAGAUAAUGUGUCAAAUUAGGUCGAUGUUGCUCGUCGUCCGUGGGUGAUUUCACGUUUGAUUUUUUUGCAUCAUGUGAAGGUAGACUGCUGUGUUUUUGUUAUUUGAUGUAGCAGUUGUGCCUUUAUCACGGUCACUCUGACAUAUCUCAUCACUAGCUGCCGGAGGUAACUUUGGAUAAGCUGCAACCAUCUGAAGGGGGGAAAGAAAAAUAUGCCUUUAUUAUGAUUGUUGUGGGAUUAUUAUGCGGGAUUAUGGGAUUAUUAAGCAGCACAAAAUGAUUUAUAGGGAAAUGAUAAUGAGCUUUGAUGAUUGUGCACAAUAUGUUUACACAGUUCUAUCCAGAAGUCCCACUAGAGUGUCUUCUCAUGUUGCAGGGAGGAACCAUGCCAGCAUGAGUGGGCUCUACACAGGCCCUGGCAGGGAGACUCAUCAGUCCAGCUGCCCUUUGACCCCUAACCGUGACCCCUCUGCCCACUCCAGCUCCCCCAGACGCCAUGACCACAGGACCGGAUUAACUAUGUCUGCCUCCCUCAAACAUGCAUCCAUCUAUGGGUUCACACAAAGGGACCACUCCUCGUCCUCCUCUUCCUCUUCAGCCUCCUCCUACAGCCCUCUCAGAAGGCUGCAACAUCUCACCACCAUGGUGAGCCAACCGGACCUGGUGCUGCCGGUGAGGGAGCCGGACAGGAGCUGGGAGUGGGGGAUGAGUAAGAAGGAGAGGGGGAAGGAGAAGGAGAGGGACUCUUGGGCUGAUGGCACCAGCAGGGAUUAUUCUGGCUCCCAGAUUUCGAACAGGGAGGAGAGUUUCACCAGCUCUUCUUCUGGACUACAACAACCAGUGGUACAAACAGGAAGUAGAGACAUCCAGACAGCCAAUCAGAGUGAUUCUACCAUCUCAGAGAAGAAUACAGAAGGUUGUUUUUCGGGCCCACCGAGCCCAGCCUUCUCUCUGGAUAGCAACAGUCCUUUUGCUAACGGUUUCCUCCACUUUGAGUCGUCUUUGUUCGAGGAUGAUGACAACGAUGACGAGCAGGGGUUGGUGUCGCCAAUGGGGGGCUCACAGGACAAACCUGAGAGUGUGGGGGAUGUAAAUCAGUCUUCAGCUAAGGAAACAAACACAGACUCCAAGGGUGCUACUGUGACGUCGUCUGCCAAGGUGGUCACCCGGUCCCAGUCGUCGGGUCAGCGCAGGAGAUACUGGGACGGAUCAGAUGACGAGUGGGAGAGCGACACCGAGCUGUUGCUGCUUGAAGAAAGUCUCCUAAAGCCUUCAGUGGCAAGUUUGAUCUUAAAUUUUCAUGAGUGCACUCUUUAAAAAUGACCUUUCAGGUUUCCUAGCAAUACCAGCAACACACCCGGAUGUACAGCUUUGUUAUUGAACUAGUGGUACACAAAAAUAUCCUUACCGCCCAAUAAAGGGAUAUUCUGGCGUAAAAUUAAUUUAGGGUCAAACACACAGCAACACUGAGUUGGACAUCCCGUCGAAAGAUGAAUGUUGCCGACCGCUUGCUUCCCAAGUUAAACCAACUUUAGUAACGACCGCACGAUAGCAAUACAGGGAGCCACACGGUCAACCAAAACGCCACUCUACAGCCACAAAUAAUGCUCAGAGCAGCACCUAACUUCAUCAACAGUACAUACAGGGUCCCAGCCACAGCACUAGCCACCAAACAUCUUUUUAGCUUUGCCGGAUUUAUUUAGCAAAGACACUCACCACCUCUCUUCCAGCAGCCACUUGUUUGUACGGAGACCUCUGGGCGAGUCCAUCGACUGCUGCGGGGUGACGCAGCUUAAGGAAGAACAUUUAUGAUCAUAUUUUCAUGGAAAUGCAAUCAGACCGAGACUCUAAGGCAGAAGAACUACCGUGUCUGCAGAGCAAAAUGAUUAAUAUGAUGAAUAUUUCUCAAGGAAAUGAUAAAGAAAUGAUUAUAAAUGUUCUUCCUUGAGCUGUGUCACCCCACAGCAGGACUCGCCCAGACGUCUCUGUACAAAUAAGUGAGUUGUGUUUAGUCUCUUUGUCAAGGAAAUUAGGCAACGUUAAAAAGAUGUUUGGUGGCUAGUGCUAUGGCUGGGACCCUAUAUGUACUGUUGAUAAAGUUAGGUGCUGUUCUGAGCAUUAUUUGUGGCUAUAGAGUGGCGUUUUGGUUGAGCGCGUGGCUCUCUGUAUUAAGAUCUGCAGUUGUUACUAAAGUUGGUAUAUUAGAGAAGAUAUUGGUCGGCAACAUUAAUCUCUUGACGGGGUGUCGAACUCCCUAACUUAAUUUUACGACAGAAUGUCCCUUUAAGAAGGUUCACCUGGCCAGAAUGAUGUUGAUAUGGUUCUUGACCUCAUAAGUUUGUCCAGUUACUCUUUCAUUUGGACAGUUUGCAUAGUCUUGGUUAAUUCCUUUUUAGAAAGAAGAAGAAAAGAAGAGUUGGGAUGGUGUGUGAAAUGUUUGUUUUAUCAGAAUUUGAUUAUUUGUAAAUCAUUUCAAGACGACAUUUAAUAGAGGACAGUACAAAGACAACACUCCAAAUAUUGAAACUGAAAAAUUUGGAUUUUUCAGUAAAAAAAAAAAAGGUAAUUUUAAAUUUGAUGCCAGCAACACCUUUCAAAACAGCUGAGAAGAGACACCAAACCACUGACAAGUUUGCAAAGCUAAAAAAUAACGUCGUGGAAACAACUCUGAGCUACUGAGGUGAAUUCAAACGGGCUGAUAACAGGACUGUAUAAAAAGGCACAGAAAGGCCGAGUCCCUCAGAGGUAAAGAUGGUGAGAGAUUCAAUUCUGGGGGAGGCUGGGGGAGGAAAUAGUAAAAUUCUGAACCAAUGUUGCAAAGAAUUCAGUGAUUUUAUUAACAUCACAAUAUAAAAAAGGAAUUUAGAGAAUCUGGAGAAAUGUCUGUUGAACAGGAACAAGGUCCAAAACCAGAAGAAGACAUUGCAUGAGCUUAAAAUUGCAUCUAAAUCUGUUAUCUUUGAACACAGUUCAUCUCUGCAUCCUUAAAAUGGAGGUUAAAACUGCAACAGUUAUCAAUAUUAUUUAGAAAAUAUGACAACCUCUCUGGGUCAGAGUUUGUUCAAGCUGGACUGGAGCAAAGUAAAAAAACCUUUCUGUGGUCUGAUGAAUCCAAAUUUAACAUUUGUUUUGGUGAUAGCAGACACCACAUCCUCUGCUCUAGAGAGGGGAAGGACCAAAUAUUUAGUUUGUGAUGGCGUAGGGAUGUGUUAGCAUCCAUGGUACGAGUGGCGUACAUAUCCAAAAAGGCACUUUUAAUGCUGAACCAUAUGUACAGGUUUUGGAGCAUCUUGUACCGCCACUCGGACAAUGUUUUUGUUUUUUAAGGUUAAACAAAAAUGACACCAAAGAAAACCCUGGACUGUUGAGCAGCUAAAAUCCUUUAUGAUGAAGAAUAAGACCACAUUUGGCUCGGAGAACUGGUCUCCUCUACUCCCGAACAGUUAGAGAGUUUGGUUUGGAAAAAAGGUGAUGCACCACUAUGUAUAAUAUGGCCCAUGCUGAAAUAUGAAACAUGUUACUGGCAUUAAAUUUAAAAUCAGAAUAUCAUUUUAAUCAAAGACAGAGUUUUAAAAAACAGCACCAAAAGGUUAAUUAUUGUAAAUAGUCCACUAAUGUGGCUCCAAUCAUCUUUAAUGUCAGUGUCAGUUUAUUGGUGUAGUUCAGUUAUUUUAACCCAGAUUUCUGCAGUUUGCAGUCAACAUUACUCUCUCUCUUAAAGUAAUGAUUCACAUAUAAACAUACAGAUGGCCCCGGGUGGCCAGAGUAAUAAAUGCUAAUUAAGUCAUUGAGAAAUUACACUCAAAAGUGUAACUUAAGAGAACAUCAUUUCCUGAAACUAAAACGAAACUAAACAAAAAUGAUCCAGCAGUUGACACACCUACUGUACAGGCAAGAACUUGUGAAUACCUCGUAUUAAGCCUAUUUUGCGACGGUGCCAGAUUGCUACAGUGUAAAUAAAAAUAGACGGAAGAAACAGCAGGUUACACCCUUAGCUUGAUGCUAGUUAGCAUACCACAGGAAGUAAGAAGAUUCAGCCUAAUAACCAUGGCGGCUCAAAAGAGCAAGACAAAGAAUAAAUAUCUUUCCUGAUUUAAGAAACAGCAUGACAGAUUGUAUCUUCACACGUGGUUUCUGGAGGUUUGUUUUUGCAAAGUUGCCAGGUUGAAACUGGUCGAUGACGGUGGCUGUAGUAGUCACACAAUAAGAUAAUAGUUAUUUUCAUCAUAAAUGAAGUUUUGUGCAAAAUAAGCCUUGUAAUGUCUGCCCAAAUUAUCUCCAUCUUCCCUGUUAAUACACAACAGUCACACUUAACAUGAUGAGUGAUUCUAAAUAAAGACAUCAAUAAAUAUUGAACCACACCUAAUAGAAAUAUUCAUUAUACUCAUAAAUGUAAAGAUAGAAGCUUAGAUAUGAAAAAGGAAGAUUAUACAAAAUGUCAGUGUCUGUAGUACUAAUUUGUGGUUCCUUCAGUGCAGUGGUACUUGUGGUUCACUUCAGUGAGUGCACUAGCAAGUGAAAGCAUCCCCUUUGUAACUAGGUCAUGUUGUUGUACUGUAGUCGUCGUUUGGUCAGAUUUGUUGCUGGUUGAAGCUUCACAUUCACAUCAUUAAAACAAGCCUUUAUUGAAUAAAUGCUGUUCAUGCAGCGAUUAAUACAGAGGGUCAUCCUUCCAGUUAAUUUCACUUUGUAGCUUUAAUUCAAGCACCUUGACUUCUGCACCACAGCUGUUAUUUAUUUGCUAAAUAUUGUAAGACUAAGCUAAGCUAAAGAUCUCUUGGCUAGUGUCGUACUUAAUGGAGAUAUGAGAGACUUUCGUGGAGUUUCUCUUCUUAUUUAAACAGCCAUCCAGCCAGGGUUACAUCACAGUAACCAGUAUCAGCCCUCUGGCCAGUCCUGCUACAUGCCAGCCAUAACUCAGGCCUGCUCAUGAACCCUGCCAGUCCACUCAACCUGCCGCUGAGAGCUGUUAGCCCCACUCACGCUGAGGUGAUCGAAACGCAAAGUGCCACCAGAGCGGGUUUAAUGUUUUCAUGUUUUGAUGGUACAGAACAAGGAGCUAAAAUUAGACACUUAGAGAAACAUUCUUAGUCAUAAAACUGAGACCUUUGACCUCUUUGUGGACCGAGGGAAAAGAAAACCGACCCUCCUUUCAUGCUGUUGUACAUGUUUGAAAUUAAACACCAAAACCGUACAAAGCAGUGUGUCUUUGUCUGAGCACAGCAGGUGGUUUAAAUUAUUGUCUCAGCACACCCUUUGUGGUUUUGGUUCUGUUAAAACAUUUAACACAGCGAUCAAUUAUUUUGAGCUAAAAUUAUACAGGAAGUUAAGAUGCCACUUGACUCCAAAAGAUUUAAAGGCACAUGACAAAAAUAUGAAAUAUGAGGGCAGACAUAUCAAUGUUUUUUUCCCCAAUAGUUUGGAUGCAGUUCUAUAAACUGUGGGUACACAUAUCACAAUUGUUUAACAGUGCAUCAGAAAUCUGCUGUAGGUUUGGAAAAGAUAGAAACGCCGAAGUAAAAAGCUUGUUUUUUAAUCUGGUGCCGUACUUGUCCUAAAAGACUAAAAAACUAAAAAAUCCAAGAACAAUGAAGAAACUGGCAGUUUUAUAUAUGAAUAAAAUCCUACAGACACUAAUCUGUAAUAUAGAUCGGCCAUAAUUUGAUUACUGAAUGGAUUUUUUUGCUCAUGAUCCUCAAACCGAUAAAAGGAUUUUGACUUAGCUUUAAAGAAUUUGACAGAUUCAACUGAGAACUGACUGAUCAGUUUAGAUUAAUGACCCAUUACAAGUAAUUCUCCUGCAGAUUUAUGGAGCAUUGUACUCACUCUUUAGCUCACAUACAAAACAAUGCAAUCUACUUAAAUGAAUAACAAGUUUUAAUCUGUUGUGAAUGACAAACUGACAGCUAAGAGAUUAAACAUCCUUUACUCAUUUAAGAACCGAGAAAAACAGUAACAGUGAUGAGAAACAUCCAAAAAGUGCUUAUGUUACUUUGUCCAUUUUAUCUUCAAACUGAGUUAUGCUGUUUAUUUUAGCAGCAGAUUUGGUUUAUGUCGACUCAUGAUGCAGUUCAGGGACUCUGGGUCCUGUUUCCCAUAAUCAGAAACCAGAAUGCGCUCUUUCUCCGGGUGAUAAUUCAUAUUAAUAUAGAAAUGUAAUAAAACACGUCAUCACUCCAGUGUUAUAGCAAAUCUUUCAGAGUUUUAAAAGAAGUGUCUUGAAUACAGAUGACUUGUAUCGACAGGAGUUAUUCAUUAAAGCUCCUGUGAGGUGUCAAUGUAGCGCCCCCUGUGGCCCCUAACCUGUCUUUGUUUAUCCUAUAUGAUUUACCGUGAAUAUUUAUUUUAGGAAUUGUACAAACAGGCCUGUGUCUUUAGCUGCUGGACUGACACCUACCCCCUCACUAGUUUGAGGCAUUAAAAUUCACGAUAUAGACGUGGUCGAUCUUGUCGCUAAUGAUCAUGUUUGUUCUUGUAUCUCAUAAAAAAUAUGAAUUCCAAUAUGAAUCCCAGUCUAGUUAUCCAGUCUAAGUUAUCAACAGAGUGAUGAUGUUUUGACAGAUGUUUGGCUUCUUCCUGGUGCUUUCGAGACAGUUUUGGAAAAGAGAGAUAAAUCACGGCCAAAAUAAUCUUGUUAGAGCACUGAUCUUCUGUUUUUCCAUUCAUCAUAUGGUUGUUGUCAUGUUUUCAGCAGAACAGCCUCAAGAAAAAGCCUUUGCCGCCGCCUGUAAAGUAUUUGGAGGGAGAAGUUAUUUGGGCAAAGUUUAACCGAAGGCCGUGGUGGCCGUGUGAAGUGAUCGUGGACCUUUCGCGGGGAAUCUACCACCGGAUGAAAGGUGAGCCUGAAACAUUGUACAGUUUGGUUUAAUUACCAAGAUACUGUAUUAAUAAUGCAUCUCUUAUUUCUGUUUGAUGCAGUUUAUACAAUAUUUUGGUCCCCAGUUAAUGGACAGCCUCAGGUGGGGACAACAUCGGUGUUCAUGAACAUCACAAAAGAAAAUCAAAAAUAACGUUCGUAUGAGAAGACAGCUUUGGGUAGCUGAUAUCAUAAAGUGCGAAAUCGUUGAAUUGUUGUUGAAUAAUGUUUUGGUGGCAUCACAACAUUUUAUGGUUUUAGCAUUUUAGUUGUCCUUACAUUUGGAGCUUCCUUGAUUAGAUAUACUCGUAAAACUGCAGUUUUACUUCCUGUUUCAUGGCAUCAAGGCUGAUGUUUCUUGUUUUCUUAGAGCCCAGCGAUCGACCCUGUAGACUCUACUACAUCAGGACCUUUGGGGAGCCCACUGAGGUGACAUGGGUGGAGGACAAAGCAACCAACCCUUUCCACGGUGGCUUUGAAUUUGAACAGCUGUGCUUACUACGCCGACGGGGGAAGCAAAGGGAGCAGAACUACAAAUGCACUGUAAUUAUAACUUCAUAAAUGAUAUAUUAAUACUGAGGUUCUAAAAAGAGGAAGAAGUUGGUCUGAAUCUUGUUGUUUUGAGAGCUUCUGUCCCAACAGCAUAAAAAGGUUUGUGCACCGACAGAGAGGUGCAGCUGCAAAAGUAAUGUUCCUCACGGUUAAUUACUGUAUCAGUGGAGCAUGGGUGAAGAUGAUGAGCCUUUAGCUACAGGCUGCUGUGAUAGCAGCCUUCAGUGGCAGGGUUGAGUGUUUCUCAUCUUUCUCUUGACAAAUAUUUCACAUAUUCUCUGUGAAGGGUGGCACAGUGGUGUAGAGGUUAGCACUGUUGCCUUACCGCAAGAAGGUCCUUGGUUCUAAUCCAGGUCAGGGCGUUUCUGUGUGGAGUUUGCAUGUUCUCCCUGUGUCUGCGUGGGUUUACUCCGGGUACUCCAGUUUCCUCCAACAUCCUAAAAACAUGCAAAAGUGGGGUGCGGUUAAUUGGUCACUUUCAAAUUGGUGUGAAUGUGAGUGUGGAUGGUUGUUUGUCUCUAUAUGUCAGCCCUGCGAUGAACUGGUGUCUUGUCCAGGGUGUCCCCUGGCUCCAGCCCCUCCCUGUGACCACCCAACGGGAUAAGCAGUUGAAAAUGGAUGGAUGGAUAUUUUCUGUGAGUUUCAGUUUAGGUUGGCUAAGCGCAGAAGUAUAGUGGUCAUCAACCACUUGAUGGUAGUUUUGGCAUUGUGGGAAGGUGCAAAAUCCUGCUAGUCAGCAGAUUGAAGCAUGUAGUGAUUUACAAUCUUCUAAUCGGUGCUUUUAUUGACUUAGCUCUCAAUAACACACAGUGAACUAACAGCAGCAGCUCACAUGGGACCCCAAAUCAUCAGAUUUUAAACCACUAAGAAACAGACCAGAUCUUUUUCUCCAUAGUCCAUGUAAGACUCAUUUGACGGCUGUGGUUCAGGAGUGGCUGAAUAUCAAGAUUGCAAAUGUUGUCGUCCCAAAGUUCCUGAUUUUACUUUUCUUGACCAUCCUGUCAAGUUGUGGUCCUCCAUGUUGCUGUUGCAUCUUUUCCUGUCACGCUUUUCCCUUCAGUGAAUGUACUUCAGUAAAGUACUCAGCCGGCCUUUUUAGCAGUGACCUUCUGUGGCUUAUCCUCCUUGAGGGUGUCACUGAUCCUCUUUUGGACAAUAAUCACAUCAGCAGUCUCUCCUACUAUUGUGGUUGCUUGUUUUGAAGGAAACAAAGAGAUACACAUAUCGGUAAUUCAGCCCAGAAUAUACCCCACAUGAUACAUGUUCUUGUGCAUAAAAAGGGGGAUCAAAAAAACGUAUGCAUGGUUCAAGACUUUUGAAUGACUGUGUUUGUAUUUCUACAGAUUGCAAAGCGCUUUCAGGAGUCCUGGAAAAACAGUGUGGCAGAGGCUGAAUCUGUUCUCCUAGAGAGACCAAAAAUGGACUCCUCCUCUUCUUCAUUUAUAGAAGAAACCUUCUUUGACAGCUCAACACCAGAGGUAGUAAACAAGAACCAACCUUCCUGUCCUCCCUCUACUCCCCCCGCCCUCCUCGAUACAUCGCACAUGACCAAUGGAUCCACUUUAUCUCCAGUAACAACCCCAGCAAAGCCAAGCACUUUAAAGAAAUCUUCUGGCAAGAGGAAACCAAGCAAAUCAACGAAAGACAUGUGUAGAAAGAACUCUAAAAAGACUUUGCAUGAUAGCACUGAUCAAUCAGAAAGAGACAAUGGUGAGUGCCCUUACUCGGACCUUGACUCAGUCCCUAAAAUUUUGUGUCCUAAAGCUCUUGAACGUCAGCAGAAGUUGGUUUCAGCCCAGCCGUCUGUUUCAGUUGUCAAAGAGGUGAAAAAGCAGCCGGAGAUUCAGAGCGGACUUUGGUUCAGCAAAUCAGGCAAAGACAGACGACCCAAAACAACCAGUCCAAUGCCAGACCGCACUCUCUUUAGUAAAGUUCCCUGUAAGAAGAAGAACUCAUCUGUCGUCAGUAAAAAAACACCGGCGCCGAGUGCCUCCUUGUCCAGCGGUGCACCCUCCGACCAGCCAGGGUUGUUGGAAAAACAAAUAACUGAAACUAAUCUUCCACUUGAACCAUCGGGACACUUGAAGAGUAAAAACACAUCGUUUGAAAGUAGGUCUUUUAGUACGACCAGCAUUAGCACUGAGCAGACAGGAUCGUCAGACAAACAUAAAUCCUUGACCUCUGUUGACACCACCGUACCCUCGAACAAGAGUGGACAUUCAAAGGGGAAAAAGACAGCGAGUCACACAAGUGAUACUGUGACUAAACCAGCUAAUGAGCAGGUAGGGAGCUCAUGUUUGAAAAAGGUCGAAGAGUCCAGCACUACAGUCACCUCUAAAGACCAGUCCACGUCUUCAGAGGGUCCAAAGAGUGUCAGUCCAGCUGAACAGGUGGACACCAUGACUAGCACAAAAGCCGAUGUAAACGAUAGAAAGACUGACAAGGAAGAAAAAGACACCAACAAGACGCCUGCACCCAGUUUAAAUCUCAACACUUCUGAAACAUUAGCCAGGCUAGAAAAGCACGCAAGUCUGGUCUCCAAGUGUAGGCUGCCGUUUGUCAAGCUGAUUCGCAAGGACAUUAAAGGCAAGAAGUUCUUGAAUUCCAGUUUGACCGUUGAUCCCGCUGACGAGCCUGGAUGUACCAAGUACAAAAACGACAGAGACGCAAAAGUGACUGAAACACCCUCUAAAGAGUCAGAUUGUGUGGCCGGCAAAGAAAGUGUUUCCACCGAUCAGGCAGUCAGUUCAGAGUCGGUAAAGGUCUCAGUGAAGAAAUUAAAAGCAAGCGGGACGGGUAUUCUUUGUCUCUCUGCAGAAUCACCGCAGAGGACACCUGCUGAUGUGUCCAGUGUAGCGAAAGUUCCCGAUAGUUCAAAGAGCCCAGAGCCUGAAAGGAUACCAGUUGCAAACAUAAGCCCAAUCAAUAAACCCUCCCUAUCCUCUAACCAAUCAGACCUGCUGGAGGGCAAGAAGACUUCUACUCCCAACAUAACAAGCGUAUUCUCUGACAAGCUCAGCAGCUCAAAGAAAAAGAUUGAUUCAAUCUCUAGUGCGGUUUUUCAUUCAACUUCUCUGUCCUUCCAUCGGCAGGGGCCUCUAGUUUGUAGGAAUUCUUCUUUGCCUGAAAGUUUGUGUUCUGAGAAAUCCAAGAAGGUCGUCCAAACUUUAAAGCAAAUCCAAGAAAAGGUGAAUAAAGUCGUCCUACAGGAGCAGCCGGCCCACCUCCCUGCGAGCGGUCGGCUUAUGACCAGAGCCCUGAAGGCGAUGCAGGAGGUGGAGCAGAAGAAGCAAGAAAAGGCCCGAAAAAAGGCUGAGCAGAAAGAAUUUGUAAAUCCGUUGAGAACAGCUGAGGACCUUGUGUGUCGCCCUGGAGAUAAAUCCCCUUUGAGUCCUGUAGCCAAACUUAAACCUCGUCAUAAAGACAAUACCGAGUAUGAUGAGGUCUCAUUGUCUAGCUUCAAUGCCUCUCCCUUGACGCCCUCUCAAUCAGUUGAUCAUGAAACUGAUGUCAAAAGUGAAGAUGAAGACCUUUCAAUAUCGUCAACCCCACCAAUGGACUUCAUACCCUUGACUUCAAGAGUAAAGGCCAAGACGGAAGAUCAGUCCGCGAAGGUGCGCUCUCCGUCCUCUCCGUCUUCUCCGUUUUCUUUCAUGAAUGCCUUUAAAAAUGUGGACGAGGUAUCCUUCCAGUCCCUGACGAACGAGGGCGACGGUAAACCUGUCUCUUUUAAGGCAGACUCCAACUACAAGUUCAGCACUUUUCUCAUGAUGCUGAAAGACUUGCAUGACACUCGGGAGCGAGAGGGGACUCCGUUGGAACUGGAAAUUGGGCCACCGAGUGCUCACGUAAAGGAGGAACCCUUAGUGAUGCCUGGAGAGACCACGUCGGCGGGACCCGAUCAACCAGUGGAACAUGUCAAUAACCAACCAAAUUCAAGUUCAGACAAAACUGAAACCACACACAACAUCAGCACAAAUCAGACGUCCAAGAGAGCCUACAACAGAAGGGGCAGCUCCACCGGGGUGAGAAAGAAAGCCAACCGCAAAGUGCCUUGUCGUCCUGCCAGGUCUGGACCUGGUUUUCCAGGUCUGGAUCCCUUGCCAGCAAAGGACUCUUCAUUGGAAGUGGACAGCUCAUCAAGAGAGCAGUCACUGCUAGGCUUUGAGACCAGGAGCUGGGAGGGUCAGCAGGAAGGAGAUGGUGAAGGAGUAGCAGAGGAGAAGGAGGAGGAGGAGGAAAGGUGGAGCAGACUAAAGGAGAAUCUGCAGAACAUGGUGCCUUUGGAGCAGAGAGGGUUCGACACUACACUGGGUCUGGAUAAGCCAAACGGUCUUGUUGUGGACUACACUGACACUGACGCAAACUUGAUGCACAACACUGGAGAAGAUGGCAAGUCUUCAAGAGGUGGGUGUGGUCGAGUUUAGAAACAGAUGUGUCAACAAUCGUUCAAGUGCCCUAAAAACUGAAAGCUGGUUUUUAUAUUUUGACCUUGAUUUGGUCUGGAAGUAGCGUUAAAGAAUAAACUACUGUGUCCUUUUCCAGAGUCAUUACUAGAGAUCCAUCAAAUACCUGGUUUGGCAUUUUCCAGAACCUGAAAAUCAUCAAAGUUUGAGUUCAUUGAGUCUGCUUUCGAGUCUCGAGAGUCCUGUGAAGGAAUGCUAUACUUUGAGUUAAGCCAUGUAAAUUAAAUUGAGGUGUAGGUAUAAAACUACAUGAAGAAAAAUUAUGGUCAGUUCCUUGCAAAUAUGGUCCAAAGUGUAGCCACAGUAUACCAAAGCUAAAGAUAGGGAUGAAGGGAAGUGCGAUUACAAGGGGGAACAACCUUCAUGGACAAGUACCUAAACACUGUACAUCAAAUUAUGGAGGUAUCAGUUCUGAUGUGAGUAUCAAUGAAAACUGACAACCCCAUCCUUAACCAUAGCUCAGGGUGUGUUAAAGUGACAGUAUCCAAAUGGUCGCCACUUACUAGGAGUUACGGUAACACUCACCGGUGGUAAAAGAAGCUUUACUGUCCAUGGCGUGACAUGGAGGAACGUUUCUAUUUCCAUAUAUCCAUGAUACAGAAGGAUCUAAAGGACUUGUCUGUGCUUAUAUAACCAUUCUUUAGCCCACAAACGGAUAAGAAAACCAAGCAAGAGGCUGAUUGAAUGGACUGAAGAGUAUGAUCAGAUUUUCUCCACGAGGAAGAAGACCAAAAAGCCUCUCCAGUUAAUUGGAAAGGUAAAAAUCCUUCAAAGUAAGAUCUGUUCAAGCUUAAUAAUGAUUAUACUGUUCGCUGUUACACCUGCAUAGUUCAACGACUAGUGUCAUCGAUUUACAAUGUCAUUAUAUAAUUUUGUCUCUUAUAUUACUCAGCCGGCUACAUGCAUGUCCAAACUCCAGGACUUCGACAAAGAAACACAUGACCAUCCAUCACUGGACUUAAUUCCUGAAAUACAGACUCCACCUCCAGAGGAAAUCCCUGCAACAACGCCCUCUGAACUACAGAUACCCUGUGCAGAAAACUCAUCUCCUCAAGAUGCACCCGUGCUUUCCAUCGAUACACUAACCCCUCCUCCUGAAGCUGACCCUACGCUGACAGAAGGGCUCAACAAAGACAAUGGUAAGGGACCUAAACAGGCUCUAGUAUCUAGAUACGUGUCUUUAGUAUGUUUAAAGUAGCUCUUUUGCAAUUAAAUCAUAAAGUUAGAUCAUGUAUAGUGAUCAGUCUGCUUCCACAAAAAACACAGAUUGGUGCUGAUUGUAUUUGGCAAUAAGACCCGACUUGUUGUCACCAUUCCAGUCAUCUCAGAAGUCAGUCGAGGUCUUCUAUAACAAAGUGGGAACAGCAUUUUUAAAGCAAUGCUUACACUGAAAUAGAUGAAGGCUUUCCCCAAAAUGUGGCUGCAAAGUUUACAGUGCAGCGUCAAUCACAUUGUUGUAUCCCAGGGUCUUCAAAUUUCCAUGUGUUGAGUUUUUAAGAUGCAAAGAUACCGUAUUUUCCGGACUAUAAGUCGCUCCGGAGUACAAGUCGCACCAGCCAUAAAAUGCAUAAUAAAGAAGGAAAAAACAUAUAUAAGUCGCACUGGAGUAUAAGUCGCAUUUUUGGGGGAAAUUUAUUUGAUAAAAUCCAACAUCAAGAACAGACAUGUCAUUUAAAAUUUAAAUGACGAACAAUUUAAAAUAAAAAUAGAAUAGAGGCAACAACAGGCUGAACGGUAUGCUUAUGUUACAUGACACAACUGAGAACGUGCCUGAUAUGUUAACAUAAUAUAUUAAGAAUUAUUCCGAUAACUAUAGCAUAAAUAACAUGCUAAGAAGUUUACCAAAACCAUCCGUGUCACUCCAAAUACCGGUAACUAAAAUCCAAUGAAAUCUUCAUCCUCGGUGUCACUUUUCAUCAACUCCGCUAACUCCGGAGGUAGAAGAUGCGGCGCUUCCUCUUCCACGUCGCUUACGUCAGACUCAUCGCUUACUCAGGCCUAGAGCGCCCUCUUGCGGUUUAGUAUGAAAAUAAUAUGUGAAAUGAUACUCCGGUAAUAAUGUGUUAAUAAUUUCACACAUAAGUCGCUCCAGAGUAUAAGGCGCAACCCCGGCCAAACUAUGAAAAAAAACGCGACUUAUAGUCCGGAAAAUACAGUACUUGAAAUGUUGUGAAAAGUCUUAAGAACCUUAGAUUACUUCACCUGUGAACCAAAAGAGUUUGUAUUAAAGAAAGGAUUCAUUCAUUCAUUGAGUAUUUUUCCAUGUUUCGUUUGAUUGACAGGAAACGCUCCAGUGUUGGGGAGGAAGAGGAAGAGGAAACCUUCUCAGAAGAUCCUGGAGUACUGCCUGGAAGCCGAGGCCUCACCGGUUCCCAAGAAGAAGGUACUGCAGAACUUUUCUUUUGCAUUGUAAAGCCAAUUUUAAUCAUCUGCAGGUUGGAUUUUUAUCGCUUUUUAAACAUCUUGAGUUUAAAUAAUAAGAUUCAGUCUUCUGCGAACUGAGUAAAAAGAGAGUGGAAAUUGAUUUUGCUGGAUGUAUGAGGUGGACUGUAUUUCCCACAGACCCAAGGCAAAGAUUGGGAAAAACAUGUUUUAAAUGUUGUAAAGAUACGGAAUGAGAUUUCAUUGAAGAACUUAUUCAAGCUCGUAAUCAGACGAACCACGAAAUCAGCGAGAAUAAGAAUGCUUCCUGAGAAUGUGUCACACAUGGUUUUAUUACAGGGUUUUGUUUCUUUUCUGACAGGUCAAAACACUAAAAAACAACUUAAAUCCUGCUCCUCUACCAGGUCAGUGAAUAUUUAACUGUCACUGAAAUCAAAGCGAUCAUAAACCUGUUUUUUUCUUUGCUUUUUAAACAUGAAUUUUUAAUUGACCAUAAACAGUUAAAAUUUUGGAAAACUUCAUAGCUUUAUUGGUAGAUUUUCUUGCACUUUUUUGGCUUUAACAAAUAAUUAUUAAGAACUUCUGUGAGUUUUUAUCUUGUCCUUUUCUGUGGUGACUGCUGUUAAUAAAACCUUUGUCCAUUAGAUUCUGGGCAGCCGUCUUUAAAAUCGAGUAGUAAGGAGCUAACGGCAUCGAGCUCCACUCCAACAACCACAGACACUUCCCCCUGUAGGCCCACAUCCACGUCUGUAAGGACAGACCCUCCUCCCACUACUCCUCCUCCUCCUCUUCCCAUCUCCACUCCUGCACCACCAGCUCCACCUGAACCCAUCCAAGCGGAGACCGCAACAACAGAUACUGAAGUUUCUCAAACGGAGGACUUAAAAGCUGAGGAGGUGAAGAGAGACACGGUGGAGUCAGAGGUCAGCCAUCUUUAUCACGCAGCAGUCCUCUAGUCUUUUUAUAAAGCAGUUUGGUGAAUAAUUUAUGUGGUUUGUGUGUUUUUGUAUUAGUGUGACAUAGUGGUAGAAACCAACUUUGAUGGUUUCAUUCAAAGCCUGUGUUUGAUUGAAAAUCGUUCAAGGACAACAUAUCAAAUGUUAUUGUCGAUAUCACAUGUAGCCAUGCUGUUGUAAUUCAUGCAGAUUAAGGUCUGGCAUUCUUGCUGUAGUAUACAUGGCCACUUUGUCUAGAUCCCAACAAAUGUUGCUCCAGAACCUGUUUGUGUUUAUUUCAGAUGCUCUUUCAGAGGCAAACACCGUAUUUUUCUCACUAUAAGGCGCAUCUGAUUAUAAGGCGCACCAUCAAUGAACGCGUCUAUUUUCAUACGUAAGGCGCACCAGAUUAUAAAGCACAUUACGCCUAACAAAACAGUCAAUAACUCCGCGAGGCUACAGUAGCUGCAGUGCUCCGACAAGCCAAAAGGAUUUUAAGUGCGCCUUAUAAUGCGAAAAAUACGGUACAUUUCCCCAUACCAUCAGGCAAGCUGACUUUGAACUGUGUGCGGAUCAUAAGUCAGGUGGUCCUUCUGCUCUUUAGAGUGAAAGUCCAAGAGUAUCAAGUUUUGCUUCACCUCAUCAGACAAGAUUAGGUCCAGAGAAGUUGCCGGUGUCACCAAAUAUAUAGUUUCCUCUCAUCAUGUUACAGUUUUAACUCGGGUUUGAGAGUGCAGCUACUCACUGAGUUUGUAAACAAUGGUUUUGGAUGUGAUUUCAGCUCAUGCGGGGAUUUUCUACUACAGAGUCGUGUCUUUUUUCAAUGAAGAGUCUUCUAAAGGCUCGAACAUCAUCCAUCCAGUGUCAGAUAAAGAUUUUGUCUCUUUUGUGUCGAGAUUCUCCUGAUCUGCCGUUGAUAUUAUAUACUGUUGUUGCUGAUAAUAGCAGCUUCAUGCUUCAGAUCAUUCAGUUGGGAUCGCUGAACUAUUCCCUCGUUCAGUGUCUCUCAAAGUGGUGAAUAAUUGAUCUGUUCAUUCACCCUGUUUUAUAAAACUCCUGCUGUAGCCUGAAUGGAUUUCUUAAAGGGGAACCGAGUAAACAGCGCUUGGCUUUAGCUCGUCUCUCUGUGUUUGAUUCUCAAAAAUUUUACGAGUUCUGCCGUUGUCCUUCAAGGGUGACCAGUCCAGUCUGGACCACAGCUUCUCCUCCAUGAAGGAUGACCUGUCGCUGUGCGAUGACCCACUUUUACCUGCCAGAAAGAUCAUCGGGGACCGAGGCGGCCCUGCCUCCAUGAAAGAGAACAUUUGUCAGGUGAGUUCCCAGUUCUUAAUUGAUCAGUAUUAAGAGUUUAAGCCCUGAGCUACAGCAGAGGCAGACUGCAUGUUUUCUUGACAGUUAAAUCUGUUUGUAUAGAUCUUUUUUUUUUGUUUGUUUUUGAGUAGUUGAAAUUGAUCACAGGUGAGUUCGGAGCUGAGAAAACACUCAUUUUCAGCUUUUCUUUAGUGGAUAUUUUGGCACAGAACGACUCAGAGCUUCUAAGUAAUGUUUUAGUCUUUGAAUCCAAAGUGAAAAAGCAGCGAGGAAAAACUUGUUUAACACGGAGAACCACCUCUAUACUUAGUUUGGAUCCCUGUCAUUACAUGGUCUCUUAAAGCAGCUUGUUGUUUUUAUCUCAGGUGUGUGAGAAGACAGGAGAGCUGCUGCUCUGUGAGGGUCAGUGCUGUGGAGCUUUUCACCUCGCCUGCAUCUCUCUGGCUGAAGCUCCAAAAGGGAAGUUCGUCUGUCCAGAGUGUAAAUCAGGUACGUCAGUCAAAUCUGCUGUGAAUCACAUGAACCUGCUGACUGUUAUUUUGACUUGACCUCCGGCCUGCAUUAAAAAAAAGAUAAACCUCUCGUAUCACACUUAAAAGUUCACUUUCUGUACCUACAAUAUUUUUCAUUUUACUCCAGGAACUGAUAUUUUUGAUUUGGCAGCAUGAUUUGCCAAAAAGUUUUUAUUUAUAUCUGAAGUAUUUUAUCUCCCCAGGAAUCCACACCUGCUUUGUGUGUAAGAAGCGCAGUGAGGACGUGCGGCGUUGUAUGAUUCCUGUGUGUGGGAAGUUUUACCAUGGGGAGUGCAUCGCUAGCUUCGCCCCGACAGCACCUGUGAACAGAGGCUUUCGCUGCUCGAUUCAUGUCUGCCUCACCUGCUUCAUCACCAACCCCAACAGCUCUUCUAUCUCUAAAGGUGACCAUAGGACACUUAGUCUACUACAUAACCAGAUAUAAGAAUAAAGACUUCCAGCAACAUUGCAAACAGGUCAAAUUUCACGGCCCAGUAGGAAAACAAAUGCAAAGAAGUAUAAAAAAACAGCCGUGUCUGAAUUUUUGUGUAUUGUCUCGUGUUUGUCUGUAGGUCGUCUGGUACGGUGCGUACGCUGCCCUGUAGCUUAUCACGCUACAGACCUCUGCAUGGCAGCCGGCUGCGUCAUCCUCUCCAACAACAGCAUCAUCUGUCCGAACCACUUCACCCCACGCCGCGGCGUCAAGAACCACGAACACGUCAACGUCAGCUGGUGCUUCGUCUGCACAGAAGGUGCUAUUUCAGAACAUGUGGAAUAAUUUUAGCCUCUCCUAAACACAAUAAUUUUAAACUUUACUUUCGGUCAAACAUAGGGGUACAACUUUUUACUUCUGAUACAAUACCAAUAUUGUAGCCUUCAGUAAUGGCCAAUACUGAUAUUGAUCCAAUAUUGGCACAAGAUACAAGUUUUGCACUCAGCUGCAACGUCUUUUUUCUGACUUAAACAAAUCACUCUGACAUCACUCCGACUCCUUGCUAAUUUGUUAUUACCUUCGCACACACUGUUGUUGUGAUUAUGUGGGCUCUAAAUGAUGGAUCCGAGCGCUGCUCGAUAGGAGUGCCGGAGCGAAGUCUGGAAUGGACUGUUUGUAUCAGAGUGCUGAUGUAGGCUGAUACAAUCUGAUAUUGUUAUUUUUGCUGAUUUUGAUCCAAUAUCCAAUAUCAAUAUUGGAUCAGGACAUCCCAAGGUCAAAGUAAAUAAACAGGAGGCACAUUCUCAAAUAACUAGAUGAAUUUGAAACAGAUUUAUAUCAUGACAGGGUUGAAAAAAUAAAAGGGUUCACUCCCUAAAGUGUCACCAUGUUCCUCCUCCUGUGCUGCAGGGGGCAGUCUGCUGUGCUGUGAGUCCUGUCCUGCUGCGUUUCACCGGGAGUGUCUAAACAUCGAGAUGCCAAAAGGCAGCUGGUACUGCAACGACUGCAAGGCAGGGAAGAAACCUCGCUACAAGGACAUCCUGUGGGUGAAGGUUGGACGGUACAGGUCAGUGGAAAGCCGCAGAUAUGAGUCAUCUCUUUUUGACCUUAGCCUUAAACACUGAUAUUAACGUUUUGUUUCUUUGUCAAGAUGGUGGCCAGCAGAGGUCAGCCAUCCCAAAACAAUCCCAGAAAACAUCCAGCGGAUGAGGCACGAUGUCGGAGAGUUUCCUGUUCACUUCUUCGGCUCAAACGACUACCUGUGGACGUACCAGGCCCGGGUCUUUCCUUAUAUGGACGUAGACGCCAACAGCAAAGAAAAGAUGGGAAAAGGUGUUGAUGCCACUUACAAGAAAGGUAACGAGUCUGUCCAAUAAACAUCUUCAACUGAGCUUCAUGUCUUGGGUUGAACUGGUUUCGUCUACAUGAUAAUCUGGAAUUGACCGUGUUUGGUUAUUGUGAUCUCCCUCUUCAGCUCUGGAGGAAGCGGCCGUGAGGUUUCGUGAACUGCAGGCGGAGAAGGAGCUACGGCAGCUGCAAGAGGACAGAAAGAAUGACAGAAAGCCUCCUCCGUACAAACACAUCAAGGUAAAGAAGUUUUGCAGUCUCAAUUCAUGACUUUAUCAACUUCAGAAAGCCUCAGAAUUAAUCAUUAACCUUUUCCUGUCUCGAUUUAAAAGUGUUUGAACUCUGACCCUCUCAGGUGAAUCGACCAAUAGGAAAGGUUCAGAUUGUCACAGCGGACCUAUCGGAGAUCCCGCGCUGUAACUGCAAAGCCACAGAUGAGAACCCGUGUGGGAUGGACUCGGAGUGCAUCAACCGAAUGCUGCUGUACGAAUGUCACCCACAGGUACGGGAAAACUUCCGCCACGAUCACACAGUCCUUUAUUUCCCGUGUUACAGUCGGGUUUAUGUUUCGUUCUGUUUCAGGUUUGUCCAGCCGGUGAGCGCUGCCUCAACCAGGCGUUCACAAAGCGCCAGUACAGCCAGGUGGAGAUCUUCAGGACGCUGUCUCGAGGUUGGGGUCUCCGCUGUGUCCACGACAUCAAGAAGGUAACUGGACCUACUGUACUGGUUUUGGGGUCGGAUUGAAUCAGGCUGAAUUAUGAACGUUUUCUCUUCAGGGUCAGUUUGUGAGUGAGUAUGUCGGAGAGAUGAUCGAUGAAGAGGAGUGCAGGUCCAGGAUCAGACACGCUCAGGAGAACGACAUCUGUAACUUCUACAUGCUAACACUGGACAAGGUACACCGAAGAGCCAGUGUGUGUCUGUGUGGCUCUCUAAAGCAGAUCCUACAUUAUUAAAAAAGUCCUUUUUAUGACCGACAAGAAGAUGAUGAUGUUGUUUUUUCAGGCACGUAAAACUGCCAGAAUUUCUCUGUGUUUUCUUUAAACGCGUCUCUGUUGGCGUCUGUUUGUAGGAUCGAAUAAUCGACGCCGGGCCAAAAGGGAACGAGGCUCGCUUCAUGAACCACUGCUGUCAGCCGAACUGUGAGACGCAGAAGUGGACGGUGAGCGGAGACACGCGGGUGGGACUGUUCGCUCUCGUUGACAUCACUGCAGGUAUGACGCUUCUCUAAGAGCGGUUAGUUUCUGAUGCAGGUUUUCAUCGUAAAAACUUGAUUCGACUCACCCUGUCUCAUCUGUCGUAGAUCAAAUUCAAACAUCUUUGGCCUUAAUUUGAUCAGAAACCAUUCUUGAAUUUUGCAUUUGUCUGUAUUCAUUCAGGCACAGAGCUCACCUUCAACUACAACCUGGAGUGUUUGGGGAACGGGAAAACGGUCUGUAAAUGCGGAGCACCAAACUGCAGCGGCUUUCUGGGUGUCAGGCCAAAGGUGAGGAAACUGUCUGGAUGAAUUUUUUUAAAGCCUGGAGUUUAAGUAAACUAAUAUUUAAUCUCCUCUCAAACCAGAACAACCCUCCAUCUGAUGACAAAGGCCGCAAGUUUAAGAGGAGAGGAAAGAGGAAGAAAAAGGCGGUGGUGACCAAAGAGCGAGAGGACGAGUGCUUCAGCUGCGGGGACGGGGGACAGAUGGUUUCAUGUAAGAAACCUGGCUGUCCCAAAGUUUACCACGCCGACUGCCUCAACCUCACCAAGAGGCCUGCAGGUCAGUGACUCUGAAGGGAACGUUUAGUUUGGUAGAACCUGUGUGGCCCUGGAAACCCUCUUUAUCUGAAUCUUGUUUUUAUCAGUCCAGGAGAUGUUAGAGAAAAAAAUCUGUCACUGUCUUGUCCUAUCUGAGAGCCUGAAACUUCUCUAUCUAUCCAGGGUAUUAUUUCUCUGGGACACCAUCUCUUACUCAUGGAGUCCCUCAAGGGUCGGUUUUGGGCCCUUUUUUUGUUUUCUCUUCAUAGGCUGCCUUCCAUAAAUCUGUGAUAUUUCAUUGCUUUGCUGAUACGCACAUUUGGUUUCUCAGUCUUUAUAUUUUGCUAUUUUUGGUCCCCCUGUUUUGUUUUCUUUUUUUUUUUUGUGUAAAAAUCUAUGUAGCAACUCUAUCCUUUCAAGCACAGCAAAUAUACACACAUCUUUUUUUCAGGAAAACCUCAACUCUCAGUUUAUGGGUGCAAAAAUUACUUAAAAUGAAUGUGACAGUAGAUUUAGAACCAUCAAAGUCAACAAAAAAAAAACAAAAACGGAAAUUGAUACCAACAGUACUUUGCUCUGAAAACAGAUAAAUCUACAGUGACCAAGCCUUUUCUCACCUUCACAUCAUUCUCUCAAGUCUUGGCCAUCAGGAGAAGAAAUAUUGGGAUUGGAACAAACACAAAACAGAAACUAUUGACAUAUUUACACUAAUUCUUCUAGGCGUUUUUUACUAUUUACAGUUGUUUAUGCCACUUCUUGAAACAGUUUCUGUCUGGGAUGAGACAGAGGGCGACAUCAUACUGCUCAGAAUCUCUUCUUUGCUUGUUUCCAAGCAUUGAGGACCAUUAUUUUUUACUUUGCAGACAAGCAGGGAACUUUCUCGUCUCUUGUUGAUCUUUGGUUGCCUCUUAUUGGACACUACCAUCAAGGGAACGAUAGAAGAAGAAUAUGAGGCCAUGUAAUUGGUCAAAAGUUUGACAGAAAAAGACGUCAUUAAAACAGCUUGUCAAACCUUGAAGACAUGAUGAUCCAGUGGAGUUCUAAGUGUUAAAAUGUUGACUCUACUUAAAAUGACAUUCCUGUUUGUGUUUCUGUUGUAGGCCGUUGGGAAUGUCCCUGGCACCAGUGUGAUAUCUGUGGAAAGGAGGCGGCGUCUUUCUGUGAGAUGUGUCCCAGUUCGUACUGCAGCCAGCACCGUGAAGGCCUCCUCUUCAUCUCCAAGCUGGAUGGAAAGCUGUGCUGCAGCGAACACGACCCCUGUGGACCUGAUCCUCUGGAGCCGGGGGAGAUCCGAGAGUACGCACCCCAGCAGAGAGCCCUGACCUCGGGCCUGGGCAUGGCCGUCAUCCCCUCUGCAGUUUCUAACAUUCCCACAACUUUGAACUCAACCAGCAGGAGGAGCCAGGAUCUCAGCGUGUCAGGGUCACUUCCUGCUUUUUCCAUCCCGGAUCCCAUCACCAUCCCUGUCUCUGCACCUCCUAGCUCUCCUCCCCCCAGCAGCAGCCCGGAUCCUCCCAGCAGCCCGCACGUCUUCGACCUCCCGCACUACUCCCCCAUCUCCUCAUAUGAAGAAGAAAGGGAUGUCAUAGAGGAGGAGGAGGAGGAAGAGGAGGAAGAAGAAGAGGAAGAGCUGGCCGAAGUCGAGGAGGAGGAGGAUUCAGCCGAAGAGGGUGAAGUCAGGGGAGCAAAAUCAGUUUCUCCUCUUGAGGAUGGAGAGGCGGUGAUGGAUGAGGUGAGGCUGGAAUACCUGGAGAUCAAAGACGAGGAUGAGGAUGAUGAUGAAGACGAUGAUGAGGAUGAGGAUGAGGAUGAUGAUGAGGAUGAGGAGGAGGAGGAGGAAGAAGAAGAAGAAGAGGAGGAGGAGUGACGCAGUGUGCUUUACAGUGGCAGAGGCCCUCAAAUCGGUGAAGCGGAUGAAGAUGAACCACACGAGUCUGUGGAGAGGAUGUUUUUAGGUCAAAACAAAAACAAAAGAAGCUCUUCUAUAAAUGAAACGAAACAGAAAUACUUUAUAAAGGGUUAUAUACAAAGACAGAUCUUAUUUCUUUACUGCUCAUUUAGUUUUGUCUCUCUGAUCCCUUCAUAUUUCUUGAACUCGGUACACACUCGCUGUAGAAAAUGGGUCAUGCAUCUUUAUAUGGAAGGUCAAUAUGUAGACAAAUAUCACCUGGAACUGCGACACAGACAGAACUCUGUGGACUUAUUUCACUCCAUUAAACUUGUUUUUUUUCUUUUCUAAUACUUUGAACAGUAACACCUGCUGGUUUGUUUUGGUAUUUAUUUUGGUAGAGUUUCAAGAGUCCUGUAUGUCAAAAAGAUUUGGAGACAGCUUGUAUCUGCUGCAUCAGAAUCAGUGCGAAUGUCGGCGCUUUGUACCGGAAAAGAGAGUAAACCAUAGCUUUUCAAAGUAUUCGGUCUUCAACCUGCAACAUGAGUUUGACAUGGAUGCAUUUGAACUUAAAAUGUGGCCGCGUCUUUGUCCCAGUUGGUACAAAAGGAGGAAAAAUAAUAUUUAUUUACGCCCCAAAUGAAACACAACCAACCCCACAGUUGGUCGUUUUUGUGAGUGCACUUUGGAGUUCCUUUUUAAAUUGAUUUUAAGAAGUAUUUUUUAGGAUUUUAAAAGACACAGCAGCUUUAGCCUUCACUCUUAUUACUCAGAUUUGAUCAUGGAGCUAGAGUUGUGAGUUUUAAGAUUAGACUGUCUAUAAAAAUGUCAAAGUGCCAGAAGAUUGGCUGCCUGGUGUAGCCCCAACCGUGAGUCCAGGACUUAAAAGAUCCUGGAUUUAAAUAUCGUGAUUAAUUUAAGGAAAUAAAUAAAACUGAAUAAUAAGUAAACCUAAAAAGGUUCUGGAUUGACGUUGCAAAGCAGCCAGCGGAUAAAAAGGGGAACUCUAAAUUUGACUGUUGAGGUGGAUUCAGUUGAAUUUCCACAGACAGAACGUUCGUACCAUCGUGGGUCAUCGAAGCUUUCUUGCAGACAUCCCAGCAGCUCCACACUGAGACAGGUCGGACCUCAGGUUUCAUAGACACACACACACUCCUUUAUAUAACCCUGAGAAACAAAAAGCUGGUCUUCCCCCAUCUAGUCGCCGGUUAUCUGAAUGCAGAGAUAGCACCGAGUUGGCUCCAGUGUGUAUACUGUGCUCUAUCGUUGUUAUUUAUAAAAUGUUCUGUGACGCACAAACUACGAUGAGGAAGAGUCUGGGUUUUGGCUCCUUGCUUCCUCCUCUUCUUGACAGUCCAGCAGAGAAAACUCAAAACUCCUGACUGGAUGGGAAACACUUGAAGAGAUGAACUCUUUGCCAUGAUGCUUGCACUUCAGUUAUUGCCACAUGUGUUUUGCUCUGUCUUUAAGCUUAAUAUUGUCUGUGUGUUAUCUGCCAAUGCCUUAGAGUGUAUUUCUUUGGAGAUAUUUUUAAGGAAUGGUUUGGCGCCUGUGAGAGCCAAGUGUCCCUACUAAUGCCUUUUUACAGUUGCCCAGCAAGCAAUGUUUCAUUCCAGUGUAAUUAUGACCUGUUAGAUCUCAACCAUUAAUCUGUUAAAACAACCGCUGUAUAAAUAUACUGUAUAAGAAAAAGAAUAUUAUGAAACCAUG